AUGGAGAAAGCAGGAAUACAAGAAUCCAACGAUGACUUCACAAGACUGGAAAAACUAAUAAAAAAAUGUAUGGAAGAAAGCAAAGUAAUAAAGACCAAAAUUAUGAAUGAACCACAAAAAGAAUGGAUAAACAAAAGUAUCAUAACAGAGAUCAAUGAAAGAAACUUGAUGUGGACUGAACUACAGAACAACCCAGAAAGAGAAGACCUGAGAGAAAAGUUUAUCACCAAAAGACAUAAAAUAAUCAAGUUGAUACGGGAAACAAAGAAGUCAUAUUAUAAGAAGGAAUUCGAUAAAUACAGUGGAAAGCCCAAAAAGCUAUGGAAUUUACUCAAUACCCUCACAAGUAAUAAAUUUAAACAAAGAUGCGCUCCUCUCAAACUUAUUGUUAAUUCAAUAGAAUUUACUGAUCCUCAUGAGAUAUGCAAUAUAUUUAAUAACUUUUUCGCUACUAUAGGGCCAUAUUUAGCUUACGAAAUACCUAUUCAGUUCCAUGUAAAUUAUACUCACGCACUACCAAAACCACUUUUACAAAAUUUGCAAAUCAAUAGUUUAGACCCAUGCUUUGAAGAAGAAAUCCUUAAUAUUAUUAACAAUCUUGAUUCAAACAGUAGUGUCGGUCUAGAUGGUAUUAGUACAAAAGUUAUCAAGUGUGUGAAGGACUUAAUAAUAAAUUCAUUAACGAAAAACUUUAACAAACUUUUUGAGACGUUUAUUGUGCUAUAA